CUGGAGCUGGACCCCAAGUACGCCAACCAGACCUGCGGUCUGUGCGGGGACUUCAACGGGCUCCGGGCUGUCAACGAGUUCUACGCCCACAAUGCCAGGCUGACCCCUGUCCAGUUUGGGAACUUGCAAAAGCUGAACGGCCCCAUGGAGCAGUGCCAGGACCCCCUGCCCUCACCGGCUGACAACUGCACAGAUGAGGAGGGCAUCUGCCGCCACACUCUGCUGGGCCAGGCCUUCACUGAGUGCAACACCCUGGUGGACGCUGAUGCCUAUGUGGCCGCCUGUGUCCAGGACCUGUGCCGCUGCCCCACCUGCCCCUGUGCCACCUUUGCUGAGUACUCCCGCCAGUGCGCCCAUGCAGGGGGCCAGCCACACAACUGGCGGGGCCCUGACUUCUGCCCCCGGACGUGCCCCCACAACAUGCAGCCCCAGGAGUGCAGCUCGCCCUGUGGGGACACCUGCUCCAACCCCCAGCGCUCCCAGCUCUGCGAGGACCACUGCAUGGACGGCUGCUUCUGUCCCCCAGGCACGGUGCUGGAUGACAUCACGCAGUCAGGCUGCGUGUCCCUGCAGCAGUGCUCCUGCCGUCAUGGCGGCCACACCUAUGCGCCAGGGGCCUCCUUCACUACCAGCUGCAGCUCCUGCACCUGCUCCGGGGGGCUGUGGCAGUGUGAGGACCUGCCAUGCCCCGGCACCUGCUCCGUCCUUGGUGGGUCCCACAUCUCCACCUACGAUGAGAAGCUCUACGACGUGCAUGGGGACUGCAGCUACAUCCUGUCCAAGACAUGUGCUGACGGUGCCUUCACCGUGCUGGCCGAGCUGCGGAAAUGCGGUCUGACUGACAACGAGAACUGCCUCAAGACGGUGACGCUCAGCCUGAGCGGUGGGGACACGGCCAUCCGGGUCCAGGCCAAUGGCGGCGUGUUCAUGAACUCCAUCUACACCCAGCUGCCUGUGUCGGCAGCCAACAUCACCAUCUUCAGACCGUCGACCUUCUUCGUGGUGGUGCAGACGGGCAUCGGCCUGCAGGUGCAGGUGCAGCUGGUGCCCCUCAUGCAGGUGUUCCUCAGGCUGGACCCCUCUCACCGCGGGCAGACGUGCGGCCUAUGCGGGAACUUCAACCAGAACCAGGCCGACGACUUCACGGCGCUCAGCGGGGUGGUGGAGGGAACGGCUGCCGCCUUCGCCAACACCUGGAAGACCCAGGCCUCCUGCCCCAACGUCAAGAACAGCUUGGAGGACCCCUGCUCCCUGAGUGUGGAGAACGAGAACUACGCCCUGCACUGGUGCUCGCGGCUGACAGAUCCCGCUGGCGCAUUCUCGCAGUGCCACUCCACCGUCAACCCCGCGCCCUUCCACUCGAACUGCAUGUUCGACACGUGCAACUGUGAGAAGAGCGAAGACUGUCUGUGCGCGGCCCUGUCCUCCUACGUGCACGCCUGCGCCGCCAAGGGCGUGCUGCUCAGCGGCUGGAGGGGCGGCGUCUGCACCAAGUACAUGAGCAGCUGCCCCAAGUCCCUGAGCUACGCGUACGUGGUGGACGCCUGCCAGCCCUCCUGCCGUGCCCUGAGCGAGGCCGACGUCACCUGCAGUGUCUCCUUCGUGCCAGUGGACGGCUGCACCUGCCGCGCGGGCACCUUUCUGGACGAGGCCGGCACAUGCGUGCCCGCCCAGGACUGCCCCUGCUACUUCCAAGGCACGGUGGUGGCUCCUGGAGAGGUCGUGCACGACAGCGACGCGGUGUGCUCGUGUGCGAGGGGGAAGCUGAGCUGCCUGGGAGCCACCUUGCAGAAAGAUACAGGGUGCAAGGUCCCCAUGGUGUACCUGGACUGCAGCAACGCCUCGGCCGGCACCCCCGGUGCCGAGUGCCUCAGGAGCUGCCACACGCUGGACGUGGACUGCUUCAGCACACACUGCGUCUCCGGCUGCGUGUGCCCCGCUGGGCUGGUGUCAGAUGGGAGUGGGGGCUGUGUGGCCGAGGACGCCUGCCCGUGCAUGCACAACGAGGCCACCUACCAGCCCGGGGAGACCAUCAGGGUCGACUGCAACACCUGCACCUGCAGGAAUCGCAGAUGGGAGUGCAGCCACCAGCCCUGCCUGGGCACCUGUGUGGCCUAUGGGGACGGCCACUUUAUCACCUUUGACAGCGAGCGCUACAACUUCGAAGGCAGCUGCGAGUACACGCUGGCCCAGGACUACUGUGGGGUCAACGCCACCACCAACGGGACCUUCCGCAUCAUCACUGAGAACAUCCCCUGCGGGACCACAGGUUUCACCUGCUCCAAGGCCAUCAGGCUCUUUGUGGAGGGCUAUGAGCUGAUCCUCCAUGAGGGGACCUUCAAAGUGGUGGAGAGGGGAUCGGGCAGGGACCCACCCUACAGGAUUCGCUACAUGGGCAUCUUCCUGGUCAUCGAGACCCGCAGUGGGAUGGUCGUGUCCUGGGACCGGAAGACCAGCGUGUUCAUCCGACUGCACCAGGGCUACAAGGGCAAGGUCUGCGGCCUGUGCGGGAACUUUGACGGCAACGCCAUCAACGACUUCACCACGCGGACCCAGUCCGUGGUGGGCAACGCGCUGGAGUUCGGAAACAGCUGGAAGCUCUCCCCAUCCUGCCCGGACGCCCAGGCGCCCAAGGACCCCUGCACCACCAACCCUUACCGCAAGUCCUGGGCCCAGAAGCAGUGCAGCAUCAUCAACAGCCCCGUGUUCGCCGCCUGCCGCUCGCAGGUCGACUCCACCAAGUACUAUGAGGCUUGCAUGAGUGAUGCAUGUGCCUGUGAUGCAGGGGGCGACUGGGACUGUUUCUGCACUGCCGUGGCCGCCUACGCUCAGGCCUGCCACGACGUGGCUGUGUGUGUGUCCUGGAGGACUCCGGACAUCUGCCCCUUGUUCUGCGACUACUACAACCCACACGGGGAGUGUGAGUGGCACUACAAGCCGUGCGGGGACCCCUGCCUGAGAACCUGCCGGAACCCGAGCGGGCACUGCCUCGUCGACCUGCCAGGCCUGGAAGGCUGCUACCCCCAAUGCCCGCCCAGCAAGCCCUUCUUCAGUGAGGACCACAUGCAGUGCGUGGCCCAGUGCGGCUGCUACGGGGAGGACGGACUCUACUAUGACAUUGGCUCAAGGGUCCCCACAGCCGAGAACUGCCAGAGCUGUAACUGCACCCACAGCGGCCUCCAGUGCACUCACAGCCUCACAGCCUGCACCUGCACCUACGAGGGCAGGACCUAUGAUUACAACGAUGUCAUCUACAACACCACCGAUGGGCUAGGCGGCUGUUUAACCGCCAUCUGUGGAAACAACGGAACAAUCAUCCGGAGGGCCGUGGAAUGUCCCGGAACCCUGUCCACGACACCAUUCACCUUCACCACCACCUCGGCCCUGCCCCCCAUGACAGCCCCCGCCCUGUCUACCGUGUGUGUCCGCGAGGUCUGCCACUGGUCUGCCUGGUAUGACGGCGACCGCCCAGAGCCCAGCAUGGGAGGUGGAGACUUCGAAACAUUUGCCAACCUGAGGAACAGAGGAUAUCAGGUUUGCCAGGCUCCGGCUGACAUUGAAUGCAGGGCACAGCGGUUCCCCUCCAGGCCCCUGGAGGUCCUGGGCCAGAAGGUGGACUGUGACCGGACUCAGGGGCUGACAUGCCUCAACAGCGAGCAGAGCCCCUCGCUCUGCCACAACUAUGAGCUGCGUGUUCUGUGCUGUGACUAUGUGCCCUGCAACCCCACCCCAGUCCCGGGCACCAGCCCCUCACCCUCCCCCAGUGCCACCACCCAGCCUGGGGCCACCACGGAGCCCACUGUGGCUUCCACCGCCACUGGGACAGCACCCCUCACAUCCUGGCCCACACCCACCCAGACCAUAGCAACCAAAGAAACCACCCUGCAGGCCACACCGGGCUCCCAGUCCACAGCUGCCCUCACAGCACAGACCAGGUCUGUCUCGCCCAUGGCAACGGCCACCAGCCUGGUCACCAGCCCCCUAGCCCCGAGCACCACCUGUCGACCCCGAUGUCAGUGGACAGUGUGGUUUGAUGAGGAUUACCCCAAGUCUGAAGAAGCUGGGGGGGACAUCGAGUCAUAUGAUAAAAUCAGGGCUGCCGGAGGGGACAUCUGUGAGCAGCCGCAAGACAUACAGUGUGAGGCUGAGAACUUCCCCAACCAGACCCUGGAGGAGGUGGGCCAGCGUGCACACUGUGACCUCAGCUUUGGCCUGGUGUGCAGGAACCAGGAGCAGGCGGGCCUGUUCAAGAUGUGCUACAACUACCGGAUCCGCAUGCUCUGCUGCAGCACCGACCACUGCCAGGGAAGCACCAGCACCACGACGCCAGCCACAGAGCAGGGGACAGCCACCACAGCCACCCCACCCCUGUCCUCAAUGCCAUCACCCAGGAGUAGUCCAGAGGUGACCUGGACUUCCCCAGCCAGCACCACAGCAGGAUCCACCCCCUCAAAAGUAUCAACAAUCCCUAGCCACACGGAAACCUUUGUUACAGCCACCACGGGAAGCCUCACGGCUUCUCCAGUCUCCACAGGACCCACCAUCCCAGGGGGAACCACGUCAGUCCUUCCAACUCACACGACCUUGCCAGGGACCAUUGGCAGUACUGGCACUCCAGGCAUCUCACAGCUGCCCACACCAGCCCCAGUAACAAAGCAAACCUCCACAGCUCACCCGCAAACAGGAGUACCGACAGGCACAGCCAGCACCCUCUCCAAAGGGCCUCUGACCACCAGCCUGCUGCUGACAACACGCACGAGCUGGCCGUCCACCAGCCACGUGCAGACCAGCGCACUCAAGUCAGAGAUGCCACCGGGCACCUCGACCAAGGCCUCCACCAGCCAGGGUGCAACGCUGUGUCAACCCCGGUGCGAGUGGACAGAAUGGUUUGACGUGGACUUUCCCAUCUCAGGGGUUGCAGGAGGAGACAUGGAGACCUUCGAAAACAUCAGAGCUGCUGGGGGCAAGAUGUGCUGGGACCCACAGAAGAUCGAGUGCCGGGCAGAGAACUACCCCGAGGUGAGCAUCGACCAGAUCGGGCAGGUGGUGAACUGCAGCCUGGACACGGGGCUGGUGUGCAGGAACGAGGACCAAACCGGGAGGUUCAACAUGUGCUUCAACUACAACGUGCGCGUGCUCUGCUGCGACGACUACAGCCUCUGCCCCAGCGCCACCACGCCCCCGCCCAGACCCCGCACCACGGCCACCACCCAACACCCCCAGCAGAGCCUUACCUCACCCAGGACCGCCAAGAGCCUCUCCGUCCCCACCACUCAGACAGGCACCCUCUCCAGGGCCACCGAGAGGGUCUCCAUCCCCACCACCCACACAGGCCACACCCUCUCUGGGAUCACCAAGAGCAUCUCCAUCCACAGCCCCUCUACACCUACAGCCACCACCACCAGCCUCUUCCAUACCUCAGAGCAGCCCACCGCUGGGAACCCAACAACAUCCCUGAGAUCGGCCUCCACCAGCGCCCCCCACACGGUCCCCCUGCUGACCUCUCGCAUUCACUUGACCCCAGCAUCCUCCAGCACCGGGCCCACCUUGGCAACCACCCUCUCCUCCAGCCCCCCACAGCCCAGCACCAGAACGUCCGCCUGGACCCCAUCCCCCAGCCCAGGCUGCAGGCCACAGUGCGCCUGGACAGACUGGUUCGAUGAGGACUACCCCACCCCUGGCCCCGACGGCGGGGACUUCGAGACCUACACGGUCAUCCGCGCAGCUGGCCAUGCCUUCUGCGAUCAGCCCCAGGACAUCGAGUGCCGCGCCGAGAAGGCGCCGGACCAGCCCCUGGAGGCACUGGAGCAGGUUGUCCAGUGCAACGUGAGCGUUGGGCUGGUGUGUAGGAACCGUGAGCAGCCCAGGUCCCUGCCCUACUGUCUCAACUUCCACGUGCGCCUGCUAUGCUGUGAAAACUACAGCCACUGCGCCACCUCGCCCGCCGCCACCACAGGAGGCACAGCAGCCCCCUCCGCCACACCAGAGACCACCCAAAUCACACUACAGCACACCACCAGGACUACCUUGCCCCCCACCACCACAUCCACGACAGCCCCCUCAUCCACCCUGGAGAUAACCCACACCCCAGUGCUGACCAACACGGCCACCUCGCCCAUGACCACAAGCUUGAAAAUAGUCCCCUUGUCCACGCUGGAGACCACGCAAACCACACUAGGGCUGACCUCCAGGACCACGUCACCAGUAACCACCAGCACGACAGCAGCACUCUACUCCACACAGGAGACCACCCAUACCCCAUCAGAGCUGGCCCCCAGGAACACCUCACCUGCUACCACCAGCACUACAGCAGCCCCCUCCUCCAGUCCAGAGACCACCCAAUCCUCACCAGGGCUGACCUCCAGGGCCACCUCAAGCACUAACACCAGCACCACCGCAGCCCCCUCCUCCACACUAGAGACCACCCAAACCUUACCAGGGCUGACCUCCAGGAGCACCUCGCCCUCUGCCACCAGCUCCACAGUAAGCUCCACCUCUACCUUAAAGACCACCCAAAUCACAGCAUCUGGCCUGGAGGAGGUGGCUGCUGUGGUGCUGGUUGCAGCAGGUGAGGUUGUCCUGGAGGUCAGCCCAGGUGUGGUUUGGGUGGUCUCUGGUCUGGAGGAGGGGGCUGCUGUGGUGCUGGUUGCAGCAGGUGAGGUUGUCCUGGAGGUCAGCCCAGGUGUGGUUUGGGUGGUCUCUGGUCUGGAGGAGGGGGCUGCUGUGGUGCUGGUUGCAGCAGGUGAGGUUGUCCUGGAGGUCAGCCCAGGUGUGGUUUGGGUGGUCUCUGGUCUGGAGGAGGGGGCUGCUGUGGUGCUGGUUGCAGCAGGUGAGGUUGUCCUGGAGGUCAGCCCAGGUGUGGUUUGGGUGGUCUCUGGUCUGGAGGAGGGGGCUGCUGUGGUGCUGGUUGCAGCAGGUGAGGUUGUCCUGGAGGUCAGCCCAGGUGUGGUUUGGGUGGUCUCUGGUCUGGAGGAGGGGGCUGCUGUGGUGCUGGUUGCAGCAGGUGAGGUUGUCCUGGAGGUCAGCCCAGGUGUGGUUUGGGUGGUCUCUGGUCUGGAGGAGGGGGCUGCUGUGGUGCUGGUUGCAGCAGGUGAGGUUGUCCUGGAGGUCAGCCCAGGUGUGGUUUGGGUGGUCUCUGGUCUGGAGGAGGGGGCUGCUGUGGUGCUGGUUGCAGCAGGUGAGGUUGUCCUGGAGGUCAGCCCAGGUGUGGUUUGGGUGGUCUCUGGUCUGGAGGAGGGGGCUGCUGUGGUGCUGGUUGCAGCAGGUGAGGUUGUCCUGGAGGUCAGCCCAGGUGUGGUUUGGGUGGUCUCUGGUCUGGAGGAGGGGGCUGCUGUGGUGCUGGUUGCAGCAGGUGAGGUUGUCCUGGAGGUCAGCCCAGGUGUGGUUUGGGUGGUCUCUGGUCUGGAGGAGGGGGCUGCUGUGGUGCUGGUUGCAGCAGGUGAGGUUGUCCUGGAGGUCAGCCCAGGUGUGGUUUGGGUGGUCUCUGGUCUGGAGGAGGGGGCUGCUGUGGUGCUGGUUGCAGCAGGUGAGGUUGUCCUGGAGGUCAGCCCAGGUGUGGUUUGGGUGGUCUCUGGUCUGGAGGAGGGGGCUGCUGUGGUGCUGGUUGCAGCAGGUGAGGUUGUCCUGGAGGUCAGCCCAGGUGUGGUUUGGGUGGUCUCUGGUCUGGAGGAGGGGGCUGCUGUGGUGCUGGUUGCAGCAGGUGAGGUUGUCCUGGAGGUCAGCCCAGGUGUGGUUUGGGUGGUCUCUGGUCUGGAGGAGGGGGCUGCUGUGGUGCUGGUUGCAGCAGGUGAGGUUGUCCUGGAGGUCAGCCCAGGUGUGGUUUGGGUGGUCUCUGGUCUGGAGGAGGGGGCUGCUGUGGUGCUGGUUGCAGCAGGUGAGGUUGUCCUGGAGGUCAGCCCAGGUGUGGUUUGGGUGGUCUCUGGUCUGGAGGAGGGGGCUGCUGUGGUGCUGGUUGCAGCAGGUGAGGUUGUCCUGGAGGUCAGCCCAGGUGUGGUUUGGGUGGUCUCUGGUCUGGAGGAGGGGGCUGCUGUGGUGCUGGUUGCAGCAGGAGCCACGACAUCACCCUCAACCACUCAGGCGACCACCCAAACCACACCAGGACAGACCUCUAGGACCACAUCACACAUGAUCACCAGCACCACUGCAGCCCCCUUCUCCAUGCCAGAGACCACCCAAUCCUCACCAGGGCUGACCUCCAAGAGCACCUCACCCACGACCACCAGCACCACAGCAGCCCCCUCCUCCACACCAGAGACCACCCAAACCACACCAGUGCUGCACUCCAGGACAACCUCACCGACUGCCACCACAGGAGCGACAACAUCCCCCUCGACCACUCAGGAGACCACCCAAACCACAGCAGGGCUGACGUCCAGGACAUCACCCACUGCCACCACAGGAGCCAUGACAUUCCGCUCGACCACCCUGGUGACCACCCAAACAACACCAAGGCUGACCUCCAGGACCACCUCACCUGCUAUCACCAGCACCACAGCAGCCCCCUCCUCCACAACAGAGACCACCAAAACCACACCAGGGCUGACCUCAAGGACCUCCUCACCCACUACCACCAACACCACGACAUCCCCCUCCUCCAGUCCAGAGACCACCCAAACCUCACCAGUGCUGCACUCCAGGACAACCUCACCCACUACCACCAUGGGAGCCACGACAUCUCCCUCAACCACUCAGGCGACCACCCAUAACACAGCAGUGCUGACCUCCAGGAUCACCUCACCCGCCACCACCCGCACCACAGCUGCCACCUCCUCCAGUCCAGAGACCACCCAAACCUCACGAGGGUUGACGUCCAAGACAACCUCACCCACUGCCACCACGAGAGCCACGCCAUCCCCCUCGCCCACUCAGGAGACCACACAAACCACACUAGGGCUGCCUUCUAGGACCACAUCACCUAUGACCACCAGCACCACACCCGCCCCCUCCUCUACGCCGCAGACCACCCAACCCACACCAGGGUUGACCUCCAGGACAUCCACACCCACUGCCACCACAGGAGCUACGACAUCCCCCUCGACCAUUCAGGCGACCACUCAAACCACACCAGGACGGACCUCUAGGACCACAUCACCCACGACCACCAGCACCACAGCAGCCACCUCCUCCACGCCAGAGACCACCCAAACCACACCAUGGCUGACCUCCAGGACAACCACACCCACUGCCACCACAGUAGCCAAGACAUACCCCUCGACCACUCAGGCGACCACCGAAACCACAACAGGGAUGACCUCCAGGACCACCUCACCGAAUGCCACGACCACAGCAGCCCCCUCCUCCACGCCAGAGACCACCCCAACCUCACCAGGGCUGACCUCCAGGACCACCUCACCCACUACCACCAGUACCACAGCAGCCCCCUCCUCCAGUCCAGAGACCACCCAAACCACACCAGGGCUUACCUCCAGGACCACCUCACCCUCUGCCACCAGCUCCACAGUAAGCUCCACCUCUACCUUAAAGACCACCCAAAUCACAGCACGGCAGAGAAACAGAACCCCCUCACCCGCUACCACCAGAACCACAGCAGCCCCCUCCUCCACGCCAGAGACCACCCCAACCUCACCAGGGCUGACCUCCAGGACCACCUCACCCGCUACCACCAGCACCACAGCAGCCCCCACCUCCAUGCCAGAGACCACCCAAACACCACCAGGGGUAACCUCCAGGACAACCUCAGCCAUUGCCACCACAGGAGCCACGACAUCCCGCUCUACCACUCAGGUGACCACCCAAACCACACCAGGGCUGACAUCCAGGACCACCUCACCUACUACCACCAGCACCACAGUAGCCCCCCCCUCCACGCCAGAGACCACCCAAACCACACCAGGACCGGCCUCCAGGACCACAUCACCAUCUACCACCAGCACCAUGACAUCCCUCUCCUCCAUGCCAGAGACCACACAAACAUCACCAGGGUUGACCUCCAGUACAACCUCACCCACUGCCACCACGGGAGCCCCGACAUCCCCCUCGACCACUCAGGAGACCACCCAAACCACACCACAGUUGACCUCCACGACCACCUCACCAGCUACCACCAGUACUACAGAAGCCACCUCCUCCAGUCCAGAAACCACCCAAACCUCACCAGGGUUGACCUCCAGGAUCACCUCACCCACUACCACAACAGGAGCCACGACAUCCCCCUCGACCAUUCAGGCGACCACUCAAACCACACCAGGAAGGACCUCUAGGACCACAUCACCCACGACCACCAGCACCAUAGCAGCCACCUCCUCCACGCCAGAGACCACCCAAACCACACCACGGCUGACCUCCAGGACAACCACACCCACUGCCACCACGGUAGCCAAGACAUACCCCUCGACCACUCAGGCGACCACCCAAACCACAACAGGGAUGACCUCCAGGACCACCUCACCUGCUACCACCAGCACCACAGCAGCCCCCUCCUCCAGUCCAGAGACCACCCAAACCACACCAGGGUUGACCUCCAGGACCACCUCACCCACUGCCACCACAGGAGCCACGACAUCCCCCUCGACCACUCAGGCGACCACUCAAACCACGCCACGACGGACCUCUAGGACCACAUCACCCACGACCACCAGCACCAUAGCAGCCACCUCCUCCAUGCCAGAGACCACCCAAACCACACCAGGACUGACAUCCAGGACAACCUCACCUGCUGCAACCACAGCCCCCUCCUCCAGUCCAGAGACGACCCAAACCCCACCAGGGGUGACCUCCAGGACAACCUCACCCAUUGCCACCACAGGAGCCACGACAUCCCCCUCGACCACUCAGGCAACCACUCAAACCACACCAGGACGGACCUCUAGGACCACAUCACCCACGACCACCAGCACCAUAGCAGCCACCUCCUCCAUGCCAGAGACCACCCAAACCACACCACGGCUGACCUCCAGGACAACCACACCCACUGCCACCACAGUAGCCAAGACAUACCCCUCGACCACUCAGGCGACCACCCAAACCUCACCAGGGCUGACCUCCAGGACCACCUCACCCACUACCACCA